ACAGUCACGAGCGGGCGCGCGCGAGCUGAGUCGAAACGUGGCGCUUUGAUCUCGCUCCACUUUUCUUGCUUCGAUUUGCACCACCACCACCACAUCAAAGAUCGCUGUCUCGCUCGUCGCCAUCACAGCACCCUUGCUCUGCUCCGCGCACAGCGCACAGCGCGUCUCUCUGUCUACGCUGCAGCGCGGCAGAAGCGAACACGUAUCUACGCGAACACGUAUCUACUCGCGCCCGCAGCGCGUUCCCAAGUUGAGCGAUCGUCUACAAGCCGCGAGCGAUCACCUUAUCAACUCGACCUUAUUCACGUAUAUCGUCGCGAACCUCGAGCAAGCCGGUCUUUGUCUUUUGUCGAGCAGAAGCGCUGGUCCCGUCGGAUCACACAACACGCACCAUGGCAGCACGCGCACAACCUCGCGCAGGAGGAGCGGCUGCUGGAGCAGCAGCCGGGCAACAAGCAGCACAAGCGCAAGCAGCGCAGGCCCAAGCCCGUAGAGAGAGAGCUGCAGAGCCUACGUGGGAGGACUAUGUCAAUCGCAUUCACUACUCGGACCACUACUCGGACGAUGAGUGGCAGUACAGGCACGUCAUCAUCCCCAAGGGCAUGCUGAAGCAGCUCCCAAAGGAGUACUUUGACUCGGAGGAACCAGAGGUGCUCAGGAUCUUGAAGGAAAACGAGUGGAGGAGCAUUGGCAUUCAGCAGAGUAUGGGAUGGGUUCAUUAUGAGGUUCACGCCCCCGAGCCUCACAUUUUGCUGUUCCGAAGGCCCAAGCCUGCAGCGUAAACAGCGCAUACAGCGCAUACAAUACGUCAUCGCUGCCUUGCAGCUCAGUUCCGAACCCACUCACAACAGUCACCCGACUUUUUCCUCUGUCGACUCACAGUUUCAGCCGUCCAACCAUGUUUAGCAAUCGAAUCGCGCCUAUGCUUAAAGCUCUACUGAGACUGGCACUGCGUGACCUGGGGCGGCGCGUAAGGAAAACGGUCGCUGUGCCACGAUGCGGCCAUGGGAGUUGCUCUGCAUCCCUAGCCAUGUACAGAUCGCUCAUGCU